CAGUGUUCCCCAGCCUUCUGAGGGAGACGUUGUGGUGUUGGUAAUACAGGUCCAGGAGUAACUCAGCUGCUGCCAGUGGUACCAAGAUGCCGAGCGGGCUAGACAUCCGUAACCUGGUGAGCACUGUCAUCAACGCUGUCAAGAGUAAAGCUAACCAGGUGUGUGCUGCCUCGUGUGAUGGACUGGUUCUCAGGAUGCAUUACCGCUGGACCUUCUGUCUUCUGCUGGGAGGCUUCUUCACCACCUGGUAUUCAUGGUACCACCGUGACGUCAUCAGCUGCGUGUCACACUUUAACGCGGAGACUCAAGUUCGUCUGGAUUACAUCAACAUCUGCCUCUCAUACCCUUACGUGGAGGACGAGGGAGGCAGGCGGUACUUACUCUUCUACCGAUGGAUAUCCUGGUCUUUCCUCAUCCUUGCUGCCGUCUACUACAUCCCGCGGAAGAUAUCCAAGAACUUUGACAAUAAGAAGUGUAAAACUCUGCUCGAGGAACUGUCUGCUCAUUCCCACCGGUACGACCAGACAGAGGCACAGCUGGUGGAGAAAGCAUCUCGGUACUUGUUCUUUAACCUGAGGACCCACGACGGACUCUACUGGAAGUACUUAACCGUCAACAUCGUGGCGCUCCUAGUUGAUGUCUUUGCAAUGAACUACUUUGACUUUGUCUUACAGGGACGAUUUAUUCAGUACGGCUUCAAAUCUUAUCCGUUCACUCGAGAUCCUGAGACGUUCUCAGACUACAUGUCACAGACGUUCCCUCCGUUUGCCUCUUGUGAGUUGUCUCCUGAGAACCAACUGGUCAACCGUCGGACUGAGAAGUUUGGCUGCCACCUCACCAUUAUGGAGCUCUACGAGAAGAUCUUUCUGGUCUUGUGGUUGUGGUUGAUCGUACUUUGUUUCUUCACUUGUUGCUACAUCAUCUUCCUCCUUCUCUUGUGGUUGCCAUUAAUUCGGGUAUGUCUACUUCGCACCUCCAGGCCUCUACACGGCCCUGACAAGGUGUGGAAGGUGAGCCAAGGCGUAGUAGAUAACUGUAAGAUAGGCGAUAUCUACCUCUUGUACCGCCUGAAGCAGCACCUCAGCCACGCUAGAUUCUACGAGUUAAUGGUGCGUCUGUGUGACCCCAGCCUCAACAAGAAACAGCUACAGAAGCGUGAACCAGAAGACACCUCCAGCCUUCAGGAAAAACUGCCACUCGUAGACCAGACAAACGCACCAAGAAAUCGACGAAGUAACGUGACCUUUGACCCAUCUAUGGACCCCGAGGCAUUAUACCAGCUCCUGGGCAGCCCUGGGUUCCUGGGCCGACACUCACAACCUCCUAAUCAACAAAAUUCCUUAAACAGGAGAAAUACCAGCAUCUUGAUCGAUUAAUCUCAACAGUGUAUAUAGCCGUCUAGUGUUCAUAUGCUGUUGAUGUGACUGUGAGACCAAAAGAAGAUAGAUAGAUAGACUUCCUCGCUAACAUAUUGCCUCUGGCUUGAGAAAUUGAUUACACAGCUGUGAUAUUCAUGUAAGUUUGUGGUUCAUUUUGUUGUUGUUUUUGCUAUAGUAAUUAUCCUUAUCCAACGACUUUAGAAUUACUGAAGCAUUUGUUGUUAUAAAUAUUAUGUGUAUUGUGCAUAGUGUUUAUAGUAUGUAUAUUAUGUAUACUGAGUGUAGUAUGUGUAUUAUGUAUAUAUUGAGUACACACAAAAUACUCAAUAUGUUUUCUUUUGUGAAUUAAAGUCUUUUCUA